ACGAUAAGUAAAAGACCGUGGGUGCACAUCCAAAAGGUCAGCACGCUUUUUGGCUCAUCUGCAUUUUCUCCGAAUCCCCCGCCUCCAUGUUUUUCACAGAAACAGCGACAUUCUGAACAGCAGAUCAUAUAAAACAACCCGACAUGGAAACCUCCACGGGAUGAGGAGGAGCAGCAGAGGUAUUUGAACGGCAGUGCUACCGAGCCACGCAGCCUUCUGCUUGGGCCACUGAGGACCUACCUAGGUGAAGACUCCCAGAGGGCCAGAGACAUGGGGAAACGGGGAUGGCGAGUGGACGCCUCCCGUUGGUCCCUUCAACUGCUGCUGCUCCUGGCCUCGUCACUGUCUCUGGCCACCCACCUUCCCGGUCUCAAAUGUCUGUGUGACUUCAACACCACCAUCUCCUGUGAUUGGAACAGCUCUUCAUGGCCCCAGUUUCCUCCCAUCACGGCUGCCACCUCAUGCAAGCUCAAAACCGAAAAGAUACGCCACGGUGGUAGGCCAACUCGCUUUAAAUCAGAAUGUGAUAUGAGGCCCCGGGACCCUGCUCACCCAGCCUUACGAGCAUGCAGCCUGGUCUUACCACCACCUCUGAGCCAGGGGUUUAGACACAGUGAUAUGUGGAAAAUGAUUCUGGACUGUGAGUCUGUGAACACCACCAUCAUCUACAGGCCAGCAGACUACAUAAAGCUGAAGACACCCAGCACGCCUGAGGUCAACCUGACCGCCGUCUCCUUAUUCUCUGAGGUCCCUAGAUUAGAUUUCAUUGACUGGCGUGACAUCCAACUGCAGUGGAUAAAAGUGGGUCAACCAUGGGGGGCUCAGAACAUUACGAUGGAAGCCGAGUGCAAACCCCUGUGCCAGAUGGAGUUAACCGGGCUGGAGAAGGGAGGGCAGUACCAGGCGCGCAGCCGAGUCCGUCCCAGCGAGGCCGUUAACAAAUCAGAGUGGAGCGACUGGAGCCCUGUGUUGCACUGGGUCUCUGCCGUCGGGACGGAGGUAUCACCGACGACAGGACUCUGACUUCUUCACAACGGUUAUCUCGGUCCCGCCGGUCCAUGGAGCCGCUCCCUGGAGCUAGAAGGCGUCCAACAACAACCCUGAACACUUACCCACGUUGUGGGGCCUACCUGUAUACGUGCUUGCCUGAUAAAUGGUUAAGCAAUAAAGUUCAACCAAGGUGUGUCGUCAAAAGUAAUGACGAAGCAAGUUGAAAUUUGACCUCAGAUAUUUUUAAUUUGUUGUGAUACUAAUAAAGCAAAACCUUUAA